AUGAAUUUUAGUAUCUUUAUACUCUAUAUUUUUUAAAUAUGUGCAUUUUAGAUAACGGAGAAUGAGAUUUCAUUGUACCCAACAAUAGGAGAAUAUUAUGAAUACAAUAUAUAUGAGCUUGUAUAUGAAGACGCAUAUGUUUUAUAUUAAUAAGAAGAAUAAAAUCAUGAUUUGCAAUAAAUUAAUAACAUAAUUGAUAAUAAUUAUCAAUUAAAAUGGAUAAGUCAUCCUAAUAUUGAAAAUAUAUAAAUUAAGAACUAAUUUUAAGAAAUUGAUUUAAUAUUUGGAGAUUGUAUUAUAUAUAUGUUUGAUUAUAGAAUUUAAAUCCUUAUCAUCAAAUAAUACUCAUUUUGCUGGUCUCACAUUUGAAAAUGAAAUAAAAAUUUAUAAAUGGGAGAAUUAAGUGAUGAGAUAAAUUGGAUAAUCAUUAAAAAUAGAUAAUUAAUUUAAUUGUUUUAAUAUAGAUAUAUCAAGUAAUAAUAGAAUUUUAUUUGAUUGUUAUUAAAAUGAAUAGUUAUAUUUAAUGAAUUUAAGUGAUUCAUAAUAUAAUAUUGUGUAUUCAAAUAAUUCAUCUAUGCCUAUUAAAACUAAAUUAUAAUCUAUAGUUAAUGGUACUAAUAUAUAUAUAAUAUAUGCUUAAUAUUAUUAGAAUAACUCUAUUCUAUCAUUAUUUUCAAAUAAAUAUGAAAAUUUAACUUGCUGGAACAACAACUUUUUAGAUUUUAAUAUCCCAAUUAAAAUAGAUCCUUAUAUUUAUGUACUUACUUAAUAACAAAUCUUAUAAUUUUCUAUUUCAUCUAAUUACACUUUUGAACUCUAAUAUAAUUUCACUCAAGAUAAUAUUACUAAUUUUAUUACCAUUCACAGUUAUUACAAUUAUUUUACUUAUUCAUAAUGUGAUCAAAUAUUUGUAUAAUCAGAAUUUGAAGAAUCUUUUACGAUAAUCUCUUUAUGGGGAUGUGAAAAAUAAAUAAUUCUAUAGAAUAAUUAUAAUCAAUAUUAAUUUGAUUAAUCAAUAUAGACGAUACUCUAGAAUAACUAGUUUAUAAUAUUUUAAUAAAAUCAUUAAAUAAUUCUUUAUUAAUAGGCAAAAUCAGCAGUCUUUUAGUAUAAUCAUAUAAUUUAAAUAAAUUCCUUAUUAUAUUUUAAUGCUGAUAAUGAAUUAUUUUCAUUUAACUAAGUUAUCAAUACUUAUAAAAUAUAAAAUCCAUCUUUAUUAAUCAACUUAACUAAUCUAUAAGUUGCAGGACAAAAUGACAAUUUUUCUAUUAGGUGUUUUAGUUAAAAUAUAUUUAAAAACUAAAAUCUUAUAAAUAUUAUCUUUAAAUAUUGCCAAAGAAUGAUACUAAUAUUUAUGUAAUGUUUUAAUAGAAAUUUCCUUAAUACUAAUAUACAAUGCUGAAAAAAAUUACAAUAAAUUUUAUUAGUUUCUCAGGAAAACUAUUAUAAUAUUCGCAAAAUAAUGAUACAAAUUAUUUUAAUUUUGAAUAAGCAACUUAUAACAAUAUUAGUAAAAUGAUUAAUUAGAACUUUUAUUUAGUCUAAUAAUUGUAAACAAUCUAAAAUUUUAAUGAAACCUUAUUGUUUUUAAUUGGAUAUAAUAAUUAAUAAGUCUAAAUUUACAAUUGCUCUUAUAUUAAUGAUUCUCUCUAAUAUACUACAUUUAAUAAUAUCUCAAUUACUAUAAAAGCAAAUUAACUUUAAGUUGCUUAUAGCAUAUACCCUGAAAUAAUAAUAAUAGGUUUAAAUAACAAUUAGACAAUAUGUUUAAUUUAAUAACAAUAUGAUGAUAACAAGACUUUUACUUAAUCAAAUAUAACUUUUGAAUCAGAGAUCUUAGAAUUUUUAGUCACUUAUAAUAAUAUCAUAAUUUUAUUUAAUAAUUAAGAAAUUUAGAUAAUGACAUUGGAUUUUUAAAAUAUCUUUACCUUAAAUUAAACAUAUAUAAAUAAAUAUUUUAACAUUGAAUUCAAUCCAAUAUAGAUUAUUGUUAAUACACAAUUAUUAUCUUCAUUUUUAUACAUUAAUAAUAUCCAAAAUAUUAUCAUAGUCUCAAUAUAAUAAAAUAGCUUACCUAUUCCAAUUUCAUUGAUAUAGGUGAAUUUUACAAUCUAUAAAAUCAAUUUAGUAAACUAAUAAUUGAUUUUAUCAUAUCUUUGUUAUAAUAAUCAGUCUAUUUGUUUUCAAGUUUGGAAUGUUGAAAAUAUACCAUAAUAUUAUUAUGAGAAGAAUUUAUGUGAAGUUGAUAAUAAUGAUCAAAUAAGAAUUUCAUCAGAUAAUUUGUUCUUUUAUGUUACUUUUGCUAAUAAUUCUGUUUAUAUUUAUAAUCCUUCAUUACCAUAUCAUAUGAGUUUAUAUUAUAAAUUAGAAUUAACAUCACCUAUUUAAUGUACUGAGUAAUUUUAUUUAAGCGAAAGUUAUUCAUAAGCAAAAUCAAUAAUAAUUACUAACAAUAAUCUAUAUACUCUUCUUGCUGUUUAAACUUUUAAUCUAUCCCAAUAAUAAAAUUUAUAAUUUAAUAAUUCAAUAAACUACCCAUAAAUGAUUUAUAAUUAUACUGUAACUUCAGCAUUAAAUAACAAUACUUUUUAAUAAACUCCAAAUUAAAGUAUUACUUUAUAUUCGAAUUUCACAGUAAUUUAGAAUUAAACAAAUUUAUCAAUUUAUCUAAGUACAGAUAAUAUAAUCCCUGAAACUAAAUUAUUCAGAUAUCCAUUGAAUUUAAUUCUAGAUAGAUAAGUUGAUUCAUGUGGAUUGAUAUAUUUUAAUUAGAUAUCUCAAUAAACCAAAUAUUGUAGUUUAACUUAAUUUUCUCAUUAGUCUAGUAAAAUUUCUAAUAUUCAGAAUUACUCUUUAAUUACUUCAAUAAAUAACAAAUAUUUUGCUUUACAGAGUAACUCUUACAUUUAAACUUUAAGUAGUGAUUUAAGAUAUCUAUUUAAUUUUAAUUAUACGAAUCUUACUUUUAGUUAGUGCAUAAAUUCAACAUCAUAUAUUUACUAAUUAUAUUCAAUUUGUUAAAAUAGUACUUCAUAAUACUUACUUAACUUUACAUUAAAUUCUUCAGGGUUUAUAGUAAAUCUAAAUACAACUUAACUUCCUUAAACUUUUUCAAAUAUUUCCAAAAUGAGGAGCAUUUUAAACUAAAUAUUUAUCUUAGGUACCUUAAAUUAGAUGUAAGAAUUGUAUUGGUUUAAUUAAUCUAACAACAUCUUAUAAGUAAUAAUAAAUCAAUGUCAAGAUUUCUCUAUUGCAUAAAUACCUAAAGUUAAUUAAGAUAAUUAAUAAGAAUCAAUAAUUAUUUUCUUUAUUUAAUAGUCUUAAUUAGAAUAUAGAAUUAUGUUAAUUGUUGAUGAUAUAAACAUCAAAUUUCAUAAUCGUGUUAUUUUUUAGAUAAAUUUUGUUGACACAUAAUAUUAUCUUUAAUAGUAUUAUUAUUAUUAGAUUCUAAUUUUAUAAAUCUAUUCUAAAAAAGCUAUUUUACUUGUGAGUGAUAUUUAUUUUAGCUACAUCAUUUAUCUUAGAAUUCCAUUUUAAAGUUAAGAAAUUUAAAUUGGCAAAAUUUUUGGAACAAUUCCAAAUUAUGGUAAUUUAGCUAUUACUGCUAAUUCUUUUUAUUAGAAUGGAAUUUUGAUGCAACAAUUUAAAAUUCAAGGUUAAUUUAUAGUUGGAGCUUAUUAUUUAAAUAAUCUUUUAGAUCAAAAUUUAAUGGAACCCAUUUUGAUGUAAGGUUCAUUCCCUGCAAUAAAUAACUCUUAUGCAAUGAUUGUAAAUUAAGAAUAUCAAAAUGCAACAUUACUUACUAUUUCUUAAAAUAAGAUACAUAAUUACCAAAUUAGUAAUAAUUUAACCUGCGUAACUAAUACAAAAAAUGGUUUGAUGAAUGUUUUUUUUAAUUGUGAGAACGUAUUUUCAAAAGGUAUUUAUAAUAUUACAUUUCAUCUUCCUCCAAAAUUUCAUUUUAAUUUUAGUUCAUCAGCUUAUGCUCUAUUUUCUAUGAUUAUUUUACUGAUAAUAUUUUUUUACAUCAGAUUUAAAUACAAGACAAGAAAUUUAGGGUAUUUUAAUACAGAAAUUGAAUUAUGA